CGCGAGGAUAUCCUGAAGCUAAAUAUCUCUACUGUCAUCUUCAACUCCUAUUGUUCUAUCCGGUAUCCCCUGAUAGGAGGCUUCUUCUGAUGGCUAUCUGCAUCACGUUCGGGCUGGAGGAGUUCACCUCGCAGCUCCAGGGCUAUGAGAAUGUGGUUGCCUAUUGCUAUAACUGUCAUAAUUGGAAUGCGCAUUGUGUUACGAGAUGGCCGUGGUUUACCGUCUGCUUCAUUCCCGUCAUCCCUCUCUCUUUUCAUAAGUACAGAGAAGUAACAUGUUAUACAUGCCGCGCCACACAAGAUCUACGAGAUCGACCCGACAUAACACCAGCAACACGACCACCUCAGUUCCCACCGUACAUGAUUCCAGGUCAUGGACUCCCGCCUGGUUCGGUCCCGCCUCAACCUCCUCAGCCGGCGUAUGCGUAUGGAGGAUUGCCGCCGCCAACGGGGCCUCCGCCAAAGUAUACCUAGGUUACAUGCAGUUGUACUAGGCAUAGCUUUUAUACCCUUGUGCACCUUUCUUUCUUUUUUUUUUUUUUUUUUUUUUU